AUGACUUCGGACGAUCAAGAAUCAAUUCAAAUUCAAGGCGAAGAUAUUUCUCCAUCUAAAGACGGCAGUCUUUUCAAAGAAAUUCUUCGCGAAGGCACUGGUGAUGAUAUGCCUUUGCAUGAUGAUAGAGUUUCUGUUCAUUUUAUUGCAAAACGACUUGAUGGAUCAAUAUUCAUCAAUACUCGAGAACAUGAUCGUAUGUAUACUUUCUCUCUUGGUCAAGAAGAAGUAGUUAAAGCAUGGGAUAUUGGUGUAGCAACAAUGAAACUUGGUGAAAUUGCACGAUUUAUUUCGAAACCUAAAUAUGCUUAUGGUCAAAAAGGAUAUCGUGAUAAAAUAGGACCAAAUGUUACAGUAGUAUUUGAAAUAGAACUUGUUGAAUUUUGUGGUAAAGAUCUUAGUCCAGAUGAUGAUGGAAGUAUUAUACGACGAAUAUUAAAACGAGGCGAAGGACAUAUAAGACCAAAUGAAGAUGCCAAAGUUGAAUUGAUGCUUAAAGGAACAUAUAAUGGUCGAGUAUUCGAUGAACGAACAAAUGAAAGUUAUAAUAAUGAUUACUAA